AUGAACGUAGUACGCGAAAUCAACAGGAUAAAUGAGCGAGAACUCGAUCUCGCGCCCGGUCAGGGCUCGUGGCACGACCAAUACAAGGACUCUGCCUACAUCUUUAUUGGCGGCCUCAACUAUGAACUCACUGAAGGAGACGUGAUCACGGUCUUCUCGCAGUACGGAGAAGUAGUGGACAUUGAUAUGCCGCGUGAAAAGUCGACUGGCAAGCGACGUGGUUUCGCGUUUUUAAUGUAUGAAGACCAACGCUCAACUGUACUUGCUGUCGACAAUCUCAACGGCGCCGAGUUGGCUGGAAGGACUCUACGUGUCGAUCACGUUCAGAAUUACAAGCAAAAGGAGCUCGUAGACGGAAAAUGGGUGGAUCGCGAAACGGAACGUCUUAACGUCAAACCAGAGCUCCUCACAGAUGAAAGAGAGGAAGAAUCAGACGCUUCUCAGUCGUCACUUGCCUCUGUCGACAAGGAGGACCCUAUGAGAGACUAUCUCAUCGAACAGAAACGCGAAAAGGCAAAAAAGAAAUCGAAAAAACAUCCCAAUGAGACUCCAGAAGAACGAAGGGCUAGGAAAGAGCGCAAGAGGGCCAAGAAGUUGGCAAAAGAGGAACGCCGGAUGAUCACCGACAGACCACGGCACUCGAGUCGAGAACGAAGAAGUGAAAGUUCACGAAGGCGCUCUCCUGAUCGCCACCGAGACAAAAUGUCGUACGAGAGAUCAGUCUCUCCACGCAACGACAAACAACAUAGACGGUCAAGAUCUCCCAGACGACAUCGAGACAAUGAUGAAAGAAGAAGACAUGAUUCUGAUAGACGAUACGACUGA